AUGACUCAGUCUAGUCGCGAGAGAGAGUCGUUACUGAGUAUCUUUAACAAGCCAUAUGGUUUCACAUGUCCCACUUCUCGUCCCACAAUCCAAGUGAAUCACGAGGUUCCUCAAACUGGGGUGGAACAGUGUGCUCGAUUUGUUGGUGUGAAUUUUCUCGACGUGAUGGUUCGUCAAGGUCUGGUUGAUCAUCCAAUCAAACCCCCGUUCACAAUGGGCUCGGAAUGCGCGGGAAAAGUGGUCGCAGUCGGCGAGGACGUUAAACAGUACAAGGUUGGUGAUUCAGUUGUUGUGUUGCGUGAAACGGGCGCUUGGACUGAACGUCUCUACGUGCCAGUGAACGAGGUGAAUGCCGAGGAAUCUGCGACUGCCACGACCACGAGCACCAGCAGUAACCGAGAAACAGUCUGCAUUCUUCCCUGGCCCAAAAAACUUUCUGCAUCGAAAGCUUCUAUUCUGGCAUUCGCGUAUCUUCCAGCCUAUAUAUUGUUGCACAAAUUGGCAAAUGUCCAAUCCGGAGACGUGCUUCUAGUUCACUCAGCCGGUGGUGGUGUGGGUACCGCAAUCGGACAACUGGCCAAACAAAUUCCAAAUGUGAAAUUGAUCGGGACCGCGAGCAAAGCAAAACACGAGAAACUGACCGGUCUGUAUGACGUGUUGUACACCCCGGACGAGGACAAGGUGUCAGAGAUUAAAAAACUUCAUCCGGAGGGAAUCAGUGUCAUUCUGGACUGUCUUAGCGGUGAGGAGAUCAGCAAAUCCUAUACACUACUGAAACCACUUGGCAAGUACAUACUAUACGGUAAGUGGACUGAAUGGUUGUCGCUUGAUGAAGUCAUGCAAAACGUAAUGCGCUUGAGGAGGGACCGUAUUUCGGAUGGUGAUACGUUCUGUGAAAGGGGUUAG